UAUGUGACAGACCGAUAUGGCAGUAAUUUUUACAGAAUAAGCAAUUAAAUAUUUAAACAUUCUGUCAAGUAAUCAGUAAAGAUGCAAUAAAGGAAAUAGAUAGAAACCUUCUAAGUUUCUAUAGUUUUUGUUAUGAGUUUCGAUAUUUGCAAAACUUUACUUUUCAGGCUGUCCAUAAAUAAAACCUUUUAACACUUUGCCAUUAGGUCCCUUCCCAUUUUCCUUCGCAAUUUCCAUCCCCGGUUUUGAAGCUCUAACGCUCAGGGUAGCAAGAAUACAAUGAUUACCGAGUUGUUCUGUCAUUUAAUUCUAAAUAGAUUAAUUCACUUCCACUUCCGUGUUAUUCAUAUUGGCACUUCACUUCUGCUUCCAAACAGUGGGGGAUGAACACACGUGCCUCUUUUGUCCUCUAGUUCCUACAUUUGUGCUUCAAACCCCUUUGGAAAAACCCGAUUUAAGAAAAUCCGUGAAAACCAGCUUAUAUUUGUAGGGGUGCACCCUUUUUUUCAAAAAGACACCCAUUUAAAAGCAUUUGCCCGGUCUAAGAAAAUUCAUGAUUUUCUGUGAAAAAAGUUGAUUAUUAUUAAAGCAAUCUUGGGGAUUGGCUUUGUGCCUCAGUCUUGAUGCCAGAUACAUAGUUCAUGAUUCUGUUAUCUCAACUGCAUUUAAACAAAGUAAACAUACUAGUUUUGAAUGUGCUAUAUUGAUAGAGUAUUGUCCAUUUUUUUGCGAACUACAUAAAUCUUUAAACAACAUCUUGUGCAUUAUCAGAUCCUGACAUACAUUCAGGAGACAAUUCAGAUAAUGUUGAAGCCUGAGGGCGUCGAAGAUCAUAAACGUGCAUUUCAUACUUGAUUAUGUCUGUCUCCAAUAAAGAUGUAUUUUUCUGUUAAGCAUUAGUGUACAUCCUUUGUAAAUUCACCUAACCUUUCGAGCUAACUGGUCGGAUGAUCACUCUAUGAAUUUUUAAUUUAGCGUAUACAAAGUAGUCCUGUAUGAGCCUCGUCGCCUAGAGCCAAGCUAAACGCGCUAUUUAUAGCCAUGGAAAAAGGCUUUGAAAAAAUCACAAGCUAAAAACCAUCAGUGAUUUGCGUUUCAUUUUAGCAAUGAAAUCCGGAGGAAGGUUUCCAGAUGUAUUGGGCUUUAUAAGAAGAGGUACUCAUGAGGUAUACAGUAAAACGAUUCCUGAAAUCAAAGCUUCAUAGUCAAUGUUGUAGCAUAUUCAUAUUCACACAUCAUACAGUAUACUAUGUAAAAGUAAAGUAUUAAAAAAUAAAGUUGGAGCUCUUUUAAUAAAUAUCUAGAGAAGAAUUGGUAAAAAGCAAAAAUGGUCACAGUAACAUGUUAGCAAGAAGGGCAAUAACCACCUGCUUCUUAUAAAACCAUAUAUAAAACAUCAUUUCGAAAUGGCAAAGCUCGCUUGCUUUUAAGAGGAAGAUAAUAGCUCUCCAGAAAAUAGCUCUUGCUUCUAUCACUUAUGUUUCUAGAUAAAGAGUGCUCAAUUUUACAGUCUAAGCUCGUAAGAUAUCUUCAAUAUAUAGACAAAGGAAAAUGUACCUCAUGCGGUUUCUUACAGGCAGAUAAAGUGACUUUCUCCCAUUGACUCCUGAAGAAUCUACAAUCCUUUAGGCUGUAUUACUUAAAGUGUCAAGUGCCUACACCUAUGUACGCAUGCUUGUAUCUGACAAAUUAUAGCGUAUCUAUGCAUCUAUGCUAAGCUAUAUUUUCCCCUAGAUCAUCAAUUUCAAUAGCUUAUUAAGCUAAAACUCUAAAAUGUACCUUAUUGUAACAUGCACUUUACUGUUAUAUGCAUCUUGGUGUAAUUAGUGUUAAUGCUUAAUCAGCCACUUGUCUAGAUUGUGUAUAAACUUGCAGAAUAACGGUGAAUACCAUAGAAUUUUUAGCAUGUCACUGGUAGGUGUUUUAAGAACUAGAAGGAUUUCGUGACAAUGUGAUAUCGACCUGCAAAGUUUAUUGCUGGGUGAAAUCGAAGGAUUCUAUCUUUAUUUAUUUAUCUAAACAAGCCAUGAAAUGAAAGCUUUUCUUUGAAUUCUUGACGUGUUUUUGUUCUUUGCAGGUUUAGCUCAAAGAUAUUCUGCUAUUUUUGCUUAAAAAUAUAUAGAGAAGCUUAUAUCAUGUUUUAGGCGGCUUAAACAUAUACAACUAAGCAUAGACAGGGGCGUAGCUAGUAGGGGGUGUAGGGGGGGGGGUGUAAUUCCUCAUGAAGUCGUCGGUAAAUCUUCAGUUUGUCUACGAAACCCUUAGUUUGUCGGUAAAAUCAGCUAUAAAUAGGUGAAAUAGUACCUAAAUUCUUCUCAAUCUCUGUCUUCGUUGGUAAAUUUUUUCUAUUGAUGACCCUCCACCCCCCUAAUCUGGAAGGUCAAGCGACGCCACUGUAAGACACGUAAGUAAGAGAAAUAAAAUAAGUAACAAGAAAAAUAAAGUAAGAGCAAUAAAAUGCAAAUUAGGCAAGCAUUUUUCUUUUUCAAAUUGAAGAUGAUUCAUCAUGUUUUAUGAAUAUUAUUGUGGUGACGGAAAAUGUCAGCUUUGCUUCUUGAACAAGAUAGACUCCUAAACAAUUCAAUCACUCACGACAAGAGAAACAUAAUUGCCACCAGCUGUUCGUAUACAAAUGAUUUGCUUAAAAUCAAAUGGCUUGAUGCCAAAGAAUAAGUAAACUAUUUGGCUUUGCUUUCCAAUUUUAAAUUGUUAUUUCAUAUACAGAAUUGAAACAAUCCAUAAACAGAAGCAGGUAGUCGCUUAAAGAAUGUAUUAUGAAAGCUUUGUUUUUAAGAUACGUGGAGAGGAGUUGGCCUAUGCGUUUAAAAAUGGGCUAUAGUCUAUUUCUCUUCCAGAAUGCUGAAAAAAGUUCUGCUAACUGAAUCAUGCUGGCAUCAAUAGCUUUAUGGUUGGUCCUUUGUGGAGGAGUUCGUGUUAGCCACUGCAAAGUGAGAUUACCAUCGACACCAGAGGCUCGUCUAUUACAUCAUCUCUUUAAUGACUAUGACAAUCAGGUUCGGCCGGUUUACAACAGAACUGAUGUAGUAAAUGUUCAAUUCAGCUUGAGUCUUAUUCAAAUUGUCAACGUGAACAGCAAGUCGCAACUGCUAUCAACCAGUGUUUGGAUACGUCAGAAAUGGAAGAAUCCAUUUUUGACGUGGAAUCCAAGACGUUAUGGAGGUAUUGACCAAAUAAACGUUGAUCCUGCGAAAGUUUGGAUACCAGAUAUCAUACUCUAUGACAAUGCUGAUGAUACUUACGGAGGAGGAUUGGAAAAGUACAAAACAAAAGUCAUUGUGAAUUCAGACGGAAACAGCAGUUGGUUUUCACCAGCCUCUUUUACGAGCACUUGCAAAAUAAAUGUGAAGUUGUUUCCUUUCGAUUGGCAAACAUGUGUUAUGAAGUUUGGAUCCUGGACGUUUGGAGGUGAUCGCCUCACUAUGACGUCAGCCUCUGAUUCAGCAGAUAUCUCAAAAUAUGUGACAAAUGGAGAAUGGGACCUAGUGGAGAUGCGAGCAAAGUUGAAUAAGAUGAAAUACAAUUGUUGCGAUUAUUUUUUUUAUGACGUCACAUUUUAUCUUACAAUCAAACGGAAACCAUUAUACUACAUAUUCAACCUUAUUGUUCCUUGUGCUUUGAUCGCUACCUUGACUUUGAUCAAGUUCUUUUUACCUCCUGAAUCGGGGGAGAAAAUCGGGCUUGGCAUCACCGUGCUUCUAGCUAUGACUGUCUUUCUAUUAAUAGUAGCUGACAGUCUUCCGUCAACUUCGGAGAAUAUUCCUUUACUUGGCGCGUACUUCAUCGCUAUUAUGUUCGAUACUGCUCUCUCACUUGUGGCAUCAUGCAUCAUUCUAAACUUUUUUCAUCGUAACCCCUCGAUGUCUCCAAUGCCUAAAUGGGUACGAAAAUAUAUUCUCGGCUACAUGGCUUGGCUGUUAUGCUUUCCAGAUCACAAGAAGUAUGUCGAAAGAAAGAUCAGCCGCCUCUCAUCGCCGAGAGCAUCAAAAUAUUUCACGGCGAACGGGGGACCAGAUUACGAUGGAAACGAGGCUCGAUAUAGUAUCGAGAUGGAGAGAUUGCAAUCUACUUCAAAUCAUGACUAUAAUGAUAUAAGUAGAUCGGAAAGCUACGAAACGCUUAUGGACCCAGUGUCUUACAAGAUACUAGAGGGAAUCGGGACACUUGCAGAUAGUGUUCGCAGAGAAGAAGAAGAAGAAUUCUUGCGAGAUGAAUGGAGAAGGGCAGCUUUAAUACUGGAUAGAUUUUUCUUCUUCUUGUUCUUGAUAUCGACUAUACUGACAGCUGCAUCUCUGUUCUUACAAGACCAAGUCAUAAACAGUGGUCCUCCCGAAAAUGUGAAGAAGUUUGCGGCUUAAGGCUUUUAUCAGGUGAGAAAUCUUCGUUUUGGUAACCCGUACUCUGCUUAUGGGUAAUUUGCUACAAGAUGUGCGAAACAUUAUUUAGAAAAUUGCUUGAUAGAGCAAUUUUACUAAAAAUUUUGAACGUGAUAGCAGGUUUGGAAGCAAUCUAUAAAGGGAUUGCACUUGAAGCGAUGUUAAAGUGAAACUCUGUCAAAGUGAAUCGAUGGCAAUUUGUACCAAAGCCCAAGAAGCCAUGGGCUAUCUACUGCUGAGAACGGUACGUUUCCUUCCAACAGGAAAGCAUAUCUUGAAGCCCAUUGUGCUUUUCAUCUACAUAUCAUUGUAGCUAUAUUUGACAAAUAGAUCUGCCUGUUACUCAUUAGAGAUGACAUUAGCAGGGGUACAUGAUUCAUAGAACCAGCCAAUCUGUUCGUCAUUUAAAAUUGAUUAAUCGACUGGUUCAGCUGGCUUGAAAAUGCUUAUUUUCAAAACUGUCUGUUUCCUUGUAUUUGCUUCAUUCAAUUUUUUCUACAUGUAUCCUGUGGCAUAGCAUGACCUUUCUCGCUUUAAGGGGGGGGGGGGGUGUGAGAGAUGCACAAUCAUAUUUAACCGACAUAAAUUCUUUUGUUACAGUUGGCAUAAAUGUCUUUUGUUAAAAAUGUGAAUCUACCGACGAUUUCUCUGAAAGUUGGGGGGUGUGAUACCUCCCAACAUCCCAGCACGCUACGCCCCUGCAUGUAUCAAAUUGCUGUGAAACGUGACAUAACUUUCUUUAGUUCUUAUUUCGCUAGCCUUCUUAACCACUCCAUCCAUUUUGACGACAUUUUUCCAGUCCUUGUACACAGUAAGAAUCUGAUUUUGCCCGGGAUAUAAACGCUUAUGAUUGCGAUUCCAGAAUUCCAGAGAAAACCAUACAGAAAGAUGCUUCAAGAGUGUGCUGCGGCAACCUGCCAGGGGGCAUUUUCUAUUUCUGGAUGAUCUUUUCAUUCAUUUGAUACAAUAGGAAUUAUCCAGAUACAGAUAUGUCAUGGCAUACAGUAAAAGCAAAUGCAUUAAACUCCAAGCAGGCCUUUACUUUUUCCAGACAUAAGUUGAAAAUAAGCACCUUUUUUAUCGAACGAGUCGCGGUCUCUUGUACACAUAUAAACAUAGGAACCGGGGAUACAGGGGGCAUAUCAACCCUCACCUUACAGAAAAAAGGUAAAAUGCCUAUUUUUAGCUCACGAGUUUGCCCCUUUAUGUUUAUAUCCCCUCCUCUCCCAUUUCUGAACUUUUUCCUACGUCUGUGUGUACAAACCUCGACUGGAAAGGUAUUUAAAAGCAAACUAUAUAAUCUAGACAUCGUAAAUGCAAAAUAAUUAGGUAAAGCCAGUGAGAGACAUAUUAUUAUUUUAGCAACCCUUCUCUUGUUGUGCAUAAUGAAAAAGAAAGAUGUAGCCAAAACGAGAUCGACAGGUCUCAAAACCAAGCAGGGCCUGGGGCACUACAGAAUUUUCAAUACCAAAGUAAGUGAAUGAAGCCCAGACUAAGUGUGUUUGGGAUUAGAAUGCUUUCAUAUAAAUCAAAGGCUUAUGUUUAAGUGAACAAUUUUACAUGCCGUUCGUCAAAUGAAGACGUUUAAAUAGCUAAUGAUUAAAAAACUAGCGUACUAGAGGAUUUUAAAAAGUUCCAUAAUACAACUAUUGUUGUCAUGAUCGCCACUACUAUCAGGCUUAUGGGCACUUUAACUUCUUCAGACUUGUCGGCAAAUGAAGGACGGCUUACCGACUCUUUCGGCAAAUGGCAAAUGAAAACCACCCUUGAAAACAAUAGUUUUUAUAUUUUUCUUAUAUGAGCAUUCAGUUUCAUUAAGUUCUAGGCCCUUAAUAGAUACCCGAUUCUUAUUAAAGCCUCAACGCGAGAUGUAAGGUAAAAGCUAGGCUUCUGUACAAGUGUAGCUGAUGCUAAGUAGCUGUGUACCUUCAAGGUAGUUUCUAGGAGGCAUUAUUGUGCCUACCACAAUAGUCUAUCUUUAUGAUAUACAACCAGAUUCACAAAUUAAAAACCAGUUUAUGUUUUGAUGUCAAAAUCAAAUGUUAUUACCUAUAAAGAAAGGACAGGACGUAUUUUCAUUGUAAUUGUCAGUAACAUUCUUGUAGUCAGGCUGUUUUUAACAAAGUCCAUAUUGGGCCUUGGAAAUGGCUGCAGCCAUCUUGCACCAUCGCUUCAAAUGGACCUGUGUAGUUGAAUCCUUUAAAUUGUCAUUAUUUUGUUAAACAUGUUAUUUCUUAGAAAAUGAUCUACAGUUUGAAUUUUGAAGUAAGAAAAAUGUAAGUUGAGCGACUUGUUCCAGUGAUGCGUUUUCAUAGAAAAUCUCAGAUCAGAUUAAAAAAUUUCAUACAUAUAUGAUUGUUCUUCUUAUGUUUAAUUUUUGAAUAAAUAUCAUUAAGAGGAAAUUCACCAUUUAAUAACCAGCCAUUCGUAACCUCCAGCCCGCGAGCCAACUGCGGCCACAGCAAGAUUUCAUUUGCCCCACCGAAAUGCUUUUACCUCAAAUAUAUUUAGCCUGGUAGGUAUAAGAUCUGUAUUUCAUUUUCAGCAGCUUCUUUAAAAUAAUCUACCGUGAAUUAUCUUUUUAGCCCCCUUCUCUCAAUUAAGCCUCCCUCUCUUACUAGCUCCUCUUUUCAGAAUAAAAUAUUUAAUUAGCCCCCCUCUCAAUUUAGCCCCCUCCCCAAUUUUCACUGAUGCCAAAAUAAGUAAACUUGACAAAAACAAAGAUUUUCAUUUUAUUCAUUGCUCAUCAUACUUCGCAUCAAAUCAAGAUUCACACCAUGUCCCUUCCAGUCCUCCAGAUCCAAAGACAAAGAUUUAAUGUGCAUUAAGCACGGCCAUGUUAGAGCCUGUUACCAAAAUUACAGGCCGUUGGUACCCCGAGGGAUGAAGUUGACCUUUCCGAAUGCUCGAUUUUAGAAGGCGACAUGGCAUGGCCCCAAAGGAUAAUUUAAAUUAGUAAUUGACUAUUAUUGACUAUCAGUUUACUAUAUAUUUUUGAAAAUUAGUUUACCACUAUAAAUGAUUUUUUAUUACAAAAUAUUUAUUAA